ACAAAAUAUUCAUAAGUCUUCUAAUAGUUUAUUUUGUUAAUUACUGUCUAUUGUUUUCCAUUUAAAACUGAAUUUAAAAAAUAAUAAUAAUUUUCGUAGUACUGUUUUUACGUACUGACAUGUUACUUUUAAAUUGUUCUAUUCAUAUUAUUUGUUGUACACGUUAAGCUGACUAUUUUUUUUGUUUUAAUAUUCGAAUAACAUUAUAAUAGCUUCUAUGGGUAUGUGAAUGCACAUCGAAUUAUUAUAGUCGUAAAAAGUACUUAUUUACGUUUUUUUUUAAUCGACAUCAUUGACAUCAACAAGAAUAAUGGAACGUGAUUACGCCCCUUUGAGUGCUGCGUGCGUACGGGCAUUGAACGAUAAGUUGUAUGACAAGAGAAAAGCGGCAGCGUUAGAAAUCGAAAAGUAAGUGUUGAACGAUCCGUUAUACGAAUACCAACUUAUUACUUAAAUUGCUAAUAUGUCAUUUUAGGAUGGUCAAGGAAUUUGCUGCUGUCAACAAUUCCAUGCAAAUUAGACGGUUGUUAAAAGUAUUAGGGCAUGACUUUGCGAUGUCCAAAAAUCCCAAUACUAAAAAGGGAGGCCUCAUAGGACUUGCUGCCUUGGCUGUCGGACUUGGAAAAGUAUCCGUAUUUUGUUUCCGUGAUAUUUUUACGUAAUAAACUAAUUUAUAAAACUAUUGAAAUCUAGGAUACUGUUAAUUAUAUUGAUGAUUUAAUUAUACCUAUAUUGGUAAAUUUUAAUGACUCUGAUUUAAAAGUCCGAUACUAUGCCAGUGAAUCACUGUAUAACGUUUCUAAAGUAGCUCGCAGUGCCGUACUAAAACAUUUUGCUGAAAUAUUCAAAUCUUUAAGUAAAUUAGCCACUGAUCCAGAUCAAAAUGUAAAAAAUGCUUCAGAACUUCUGGAUCGUUUAAUGAAGGUAUGUAUAAAAGAAUCUAUCUAGCAAAUGUUCAUUUACACAUUAAAACUGAUUAAUUUUUUUUUAAGGAUAUUGUUACUGAUAACUCAAGUGAAUUUGAUCUUAUUAACUUCAUACCAUUAUUACGAGAGCGAAUAUAUACAGACAAUACAUUUGCGAAACAAUUCAUAAUUUCAUGGAUAACUAUAUUGGAUGAUGUCCCUUCAAUUGAUUUAGUAGCAUACCUACCAGAAAUAUUAGAUGGUCUAUUUAAAAUGCUGUCUGAUCCAACAUUUGAAAUUAAAAAAAUGUAAGGAAAAAAAACAUACAAUAAUACUAAAUAGAAUAAAGUAAGAUAAUUCUCAUGAUAUUUCUUUAAGCGUUUGUAACAGAUAUACCUAUUGUCGGUAAACUGCAAAGUUACAUCAACAUGUUACAUGUGGUACAGAAAUAUCAUGAGAAAUAUCCUAUGAAAAUAUCGACCUAUUUUUGAAAGUAUUAUCUUGGAAUAUCAAAUUGUGUACAUUUAAUAUCUUCUAUUUUUGAAAUAAAUAUUAAUUGUCAAUUGUUCUGUUAUUAAAACAAUCAUGUUGAUAUAUUAUGAAAACUUCAAUAUUAAUAUUUACAGGUGUGAUGCAGUAUUAAAGAAGUUUUUGGGAGAUCUACAUCAAAACCCUGAAAAAGUAAAAUACACAGAUAUGAUAAAUACUGUGGUAAUUUAUUCAUAUUAUACUGAUGAAUUUGUUCAGGUGUGUAAUACUUUAUUUUUGUCAUUCACCUACAAAUAUACUUAUUUGGUUUUUUUUGUUUUAGUAUACCGCUAUGUGUUGGAUCAAAGAAUUUAUUGACAUUUAUGGUUCCAAAAUCUUACCAUUUACUUCUAGUAUUUUAAAAGCUUCAUUGGCAUCAAAUUCAAACCAAGACAAUGAAUCUCAAAUUCGUAAAUAUUAUUUUCAUACUAUUUCUAACAUAAAUGAUUAAUAUUAAACAAAAUUCAAGUAAUAAUAAAUCAUCUUAAUGUUUAGCACAACUUUGAUAUGUAAUUAAAACAUGUUUUCAUUAUGUUUCCUAUGAUAAUGAAUAUGCCACAUCAGUUGUCUAGUUUAUGUAUUGGUUAACAAAUAUACUUAUUACCUUUAUUUGUUUAAAUUAAACAGAUGAUUAAAUAGCUAACAAUCUUACAUAAUUAUAGUUUCUUUUAUUAAUUAAAGAAUUUGUGUUUCUUGAAUUAAUAGGUAUCAAACAAACAGCUAAAUUAGUCAAUUCAACUUUGCUAGAGCUUAUUAACAGUGUAGAUGACAAUAUUCAUAAUACAGAAGAAGUUAAACAAGAAGUAAUAACAUUAAUGACGAAAAAAUAAAAAAUAUUUAUUAAAUUCUAACUUUAAUUAGGGUGAAAAUCUGGAUCUUACAUCAGUCAUUACUGUGCUUAUCAAAGAAUUAGGUGGACCAACAAUCGAAACUAAAAUAACAGUAUUAAAAUGGAUUUAUCACUUGUUUAUUCAUUUACCAAAUAGAGUAAGUAGGUAAGGUAGUAGGUUAUAUAGCAAAUUGCUAUGUUAUUAUAUUUAAAUAUUAUGUCUUAUUCAAUUACACAGAUGUUAGUGCAUAUGGAAUCAAUAUUUCCUUUGUUGUUGACAACACUAUCAUAUCCUAAUGAAGAAGUAGUACAAAAUGAUUUAAAAGUCAUUGCAAAAAUAAUUUCUCCAUCAGCAACUCAAACAAAUAAUAAGCAGUAUUUUGACAAAUUUAUAUUAAGUUUAUUGAAACAAUUUUGUUGCGAUCGGACAUUAUUAAAAGACCGCGGUCAAUUUAUUAUUAGGUUUGUGUAUUUAUUUAUAUUGUAUUCAUUGAAUAAACCUCUAUAACUUGUUUUCAGACAAAUAUGUGGUUUAUUAAACUCCAAUGAUAUUUAUCGUUCAUUAUCUACAUUCCUGUUGGAUGAGGAGAAUAUGAAAUUUGCUUCUGUAAUGAUAGGAACAUUGAAUACAAUAUUGCUGACAUCUCCUGAAUUGUAUGAUCUUCGAACCCAAUUGAGAGAUAUUGAGAAACAAGUAAAAAUAUUUUUUGAACAUUCAAAUAUAAAUAUGAAAGUUUUUUAGCGUCUAAUUAUAAAACUAUUAUCUGAUUAUUAUUGUUUCUUUAGUAAACUAUAAGUUAAAAAUAAAAUGAAUAAUAUAAUCCUAUUCUGUUCUUUUAUCUGCUAUAAUUUUUUUUUUUCUUUUUCAUUUAACCAGCAGAUAAGCUUGUUCAUUUUUACAUAAUUUCAACUUAAAUAAUUUUUUAAUUUCAGGAAAAUCGAGAAAUAUUUCUGUGUUUAUUUCGACCAUGGUGUCAUAAUCCAGUAGCGGCGGUGGCACUAUGUCUGCUGACUCAAAAUUAUUUUCUUGUUUGUAAGCUAUUACAAACUUUGUAUCCUUUAUUAGGAAAAUUAGAUACACAAUUUAUAUUCAUGUUUUACUUAGCUUAUAAUUAAUUAUAAUUAUUAUUGUUUUGUAAGUCUAGUUUAACACAAAUAUUCCUUAAUAAUUAUUCAUUUAGUGCGUCAAUGGAUGUCACCAUUGACUUACUUAUCGAAAUAGACAAAUUAAUUCAACUAUUGGAAUCUCCAAUAUUUAUAUGUAAGUGGAUAUAAAAAUAAAGAUAAAAAAACAAAUAUGUAAAAUAUUAAUAUUUUCAGAUUUGAGAAUGGAGCUAUUAGACGAACCAGUUAAUCAUUAUUUAAUUCAAGCACUUUAUGGACUCCUAAUGAUAAUGCCUCAAUCUGAUGCAUUCCAUUUAUUGAGACAUAGAUUGAAGUGUGUUCCUCAUUUACGAAUAGGGUUGGAAAAGUGUGUAUUAUUAAUUUUUUCUGUACAAAUUGAACCAUUUAAAAUAUAAUUCAUCGCUGCAGUCCAGUGUAUUUUAUGUUUACUUGAUUGCAUUUAUUUUAGUGUUUAGGAUUUUAACAAUGAUAGUUCAUAAAUAAUUUUAAUUGUAAUUAAUAAUUCUAAUUAUCUACUCUUUCAAAUACUAAUAUCAGUAAUAUCUAAAAGAACACACAUACAGUGUUAUGAAUUCAAAAUUGUAUUUUUUUUUUUUUAUUAUUCAUAGGUCUGGCUCUGUAAAAGUUGAAAAAGAUUUAAAAGACGGAGUAGAGGGAGUUUUUGACACAAACUCGAUGCUAAAUCAUUUUACCUUACUUCAAGAAAAACAUAGAAAUUAUCGAAAAAAUGCAGAUUCCAGUUCUCAACUCGACAAAACUAUUGCCAAAAUUGAUAUACAAUAAUCAUCAUUACUAUUUGAGUUAUUAUAUGUUAUUAGCAAUUUUUUACAUUAACAAAGACCAAUAAUAACAUUAAAUUUAUUUUGUGCUAUACAUUUUAAUUAAUUAUAAUUCUAUUGUUGUUAUUUAUUUUAGAAUGACUAGGAUAAUUCCAAAAUCUAUUUUUAAAUUUAUUAAUAAUUAACAUAUUUAAUAAUCUUGACCAUUAUUACAUUAAAUUUAAAUAUGAAUAUUAUAAUUUGAUUUAUAUAUUUUACUAUUGUUUUAUUAUUUACGCUACA